AUGGUUUCGUUGAGUUCAACCAAAGAAGUAGAAAAGCAGUCACGAAAACUACCACCACAACUGCAAACGGUAGAACUUGCAAAAAAUAUUAAGCAUCUUCAGCGGCUAAGAAAUCCAAGAGCUGAGGUUGAGUUGGGUGAAGGGCAUACUUCUAUGUUGUUUUAUGUUGGAAAUUGUGUUAAACCAUAUGAUUCGGAUUUCUACACAGCAUGUAAUUGUACUAAAAUUGACAAAGUUGAUGAGGAAUUAAUUAAAGACGUUUAUGAAGAGGAAUUGGAUUCAGUUUAUAGUCUUGAUAAGAGACAAUAUUCACCGUUUUCAGGCCCAUAUUAUUUCUGA